CCUAAUCGUUUCUUUCCAUGCUUUUUGCAUAGAACCAACACCAAGAUGAAAUCUUUGAGAACAGUAAGGGUCCUCCCUCCCCAACCUCAGAUACUCCAUCUCAAUCCAGUUCCUCUGUUUUGCUUCUUCUUGGCACAAACGCAACAACAAAAUCAAAGCCCCACCGCAGAAACCAGCAAAAGUGACUCCGUCUUUGGUGGUGCUGAAUUUGCCAUCCCCAACUUUGAUUCAAAAAGUGCCUCCCAAGAAACCCGCUGGGAUGACAGAGAUAGAAUCCUCUUUGGGGUGGAGAACCAUAAGUCUCUCUCCGUUGGGAUAAUCAGUGCUCCGAAUGCUGGGAAGUCUUCACUGACUAAUUACAUGCAUCAAUACAGCUCUUAUGGGGAGAGGCUUAUGGCAGUGAGACAGAAUGCGAGUGGGUUUAGUUCAGAAAGAUUUCCAGAAACUCAGGGAAGCCUAGAUAAAAAUUAUGCGCAAAACAAUUGGCAUUUUCAGCAAAACCAAAAUUAUCUUUCCACAGGGGAUGCUGGAAUGUAUCAGCACCAGCAGAAUCCAAAUGCUCCACAUUAUUUGCAGAAGCCAGACAAGAUUCAUAGUAAGAUGGUGAUUUCUCAAUUGUCACCUACCCCUAAUCCUGAGGUUCCUGAUCCUGAAAGUAGAGCAAAUGAUGUCUCCCUUGAGGUGUUAGAUGGAUUUUGCAAGGAGGUUAAUGUUGAGAAAGCUGUUGAGGUUUUAGAAAUGUUAGAAAACCAGGGUUUUCAAGUGGAUUUGUCUCGAAUGCUGGGGUUAAUGGGGAGGAAAAGGCUUUAAAAGAAAAAAGAACCAUUCAUGAGCAUGUCCUUAGAACAUUAUCUCCUUUAAAGGUGAGCACCUACAACAAGAUUUUGGGUAUGUACUCAAAAUGUGAUUCUAUGAAUGAUGCAUUUGAAGUUUUUGACAAAAUGCCAAGUCGCAAUUUAACUUCCUAGGACACCAUGAUAACAUGGCUUGCUAAGAAUGGUCUUGGCGAAGAUGCCCUUGAUUUAUUUACCCAGUUUAAGAAAGCAGGGUUAAAACC